CCGGCCCGGCCCCUGCCGGCUCUCUGCCGCCGCUUCCUCCCCUGCCGGCCCGAUCCGCUGCCGGCUCUCUGCCGCCGCUUCCUCCCCUGCCGGCCCGCCCCGCUGCCGGCUCUCUGCCGCCGCUUCCUCCCCUGCCGGCCCGCCCCUGCCGGCUCUCUGCCGCCGCUGCCUCCCCUGCCGGCCCGAUCCGCUGCCGGCUCUCUGCCGCCGCUGCCUCCCCUGCCGGCCCGAUCCGCUGCCGGCUCUCUGCCGCCGCUGCCUCCCCUGCCGGCCCGAUCCGCUGCCGGCUCUCUGCCGCCGCUGCCUCCCCUGCCGGCCCGCCCCUGCCGGCUCUCUGCCGCCGCUGCCUCCCCUGCCGGCCCGCCCCUGCCGGCUCUCUGCCGCCGCUGCCUCCCCUGCCGGCCCGGCCCCUGCCGGCUCUCUGCCGCCGCUGCUCUGCGCCUUUAAGGCCGCGCCGGUGCCGUCUGACGUGAGCGCAGUGCAUAGGGGAAGCGGCCGGGCGGGGCCGGGCGGUGCGGGUCGGUGGUGCCCGUCGGUGCCCGUCGGUGCCGGGUGCUUUGCGCUAGCAGCCGCCGCCAUGAGCCGAGAGCCGCCGGCAGGGGAGGAGGAGGCGGCGGGAGGAGGAGGAGGAGGAGGAGAAGGGAGAGCGGCGGCCGGGGACGGCGGCUGCUACCUGGCGCUGUGCGCCCGGCCCGUGCACUUCGAGAAGGCCAACGCCGUCAACUGCGUCUUCUUCGACGAGGCCAACAAGCAGGUUUUUGCUGUUCGGUCUGGUGGAGCUACAGGAGUUGUUGUUAAAGGUCUGGAGGACAGAAAUCCCAUUUCCUUCAGGAUGGAAGACAAAGGAGAAGUGAAAUGCAUCAAAUUUUCCCUGGGCAACAAGAUCCUGGCAGUGCAGAGAACUUUGAAGAGUGUGGAUUUUCUGAACUUCAUUCCAGAGAGCCCUCAGCUGGAAUACACACAGGAGUGCAAGACCAAGAAUGCCAAUGUUCUAGGAUUCUGCUGGACAGGCUCGGCGGAGAUCGUCUUCAUCACAGACCAGGGCAUGGAGUUCUACCAGGUGCUACCAGAGAAGAGGAGCUUGAAGCUCCUGAAGAACCAGAGCAUUAAUGUCAACUGGUACAUGUACUGUCCAGAGAGCUCUGUCAUCCUGCUCUCCACCACUGUCCUGGGCAACGUGCUGCAGCCAUUCUAUUUCAAGAGUGGAACAAUGUCCAAGCUGUCCAAAUUUGAAAUCGAGCUGCCUGCAGCACCCAAAUCAUCCAAGCUCAGCCUUUCUGAACGAGACAUUGCCAUGGCCACAAUCUACGGGCAGCUUUACGUCCUCUACCUGAGGCACCACUCCAGGACAUCCAACAGCACGGGAGCAGAAGUGGUCCUCUACCUCUUGCCCAGAGAGGGCUCCUGCAAGAAGGCUCACAUCCUGAAGCUGAACAGGACCGGCAAGUUUGCGCUCAACGUGGUGGACAACUUGGUGGUGGUGCAUCACCAGGACACUGAGACUUCAGUGGUAUUUGACAUCAAGCUGAAAGGAGAAUUUGAUGGCUCCACCACCAUCCAUCAGUUUGUGCUUCCACCACGGUCAAUACAACCCUACCAGAUCCCUGUGGCAGGUCCAGCCUCUGUCACCAGCCAGGCUCCUGUUCCAUGUAAACUCUAUUCUUCUUCCUGGAUUGUCUUUCAACCUGAUAUCAUCAUCAGUGCAAGUGAAGGUUACCUCUGGAGUCUUCAGGUGAAGCUUGAACCUGUAGUGAACCUCUUGCUGGAUAAAGGCAAGCUGAUGGAUUUCCUUCUGCAGAGGAAGGAGUGCAAGAUGGUUAUCCUCUCUGUGUGCUCUCAGAUGCUCAGUGAGCCAGAAAGGGGAUCCCUGUCUGUGAUUGCAACUGUGUUUGACAAGCUGAACCACGAAUACAAGAAGUACUUGGAAGCUGAGCAAAGCUAUACUAUGGUGGUGGAGGCAGGGCUGAGCAGGAGCACGCCGGCGCUCAAGCGCCCGGUGCGCACGCAGGCGGUGGUGGACCAGUCGGACAUGUACACGCAUGUGCUGUCUGUCUUCACCGAGAGGAAGGAAGCCCCUCACAAGUUCACCAUCGCGGUGCUGAUGGAGUACAUCCGCUCGCUCAACCAGGUCCAGAUCGCGGUGCAGCACUACCUGUAUGAGCUGGUCAUCAAAACCCUGGUUCAGCACAACUUGUUCUACAUGCUCCAUCAGUUCCUGCAGUACCACGUGCUCAGCGACUCCAAGCCUCUGGCUUGCCUGCUGCUGUCCCUGGAAAGCAUUUACCCUCCUGCACACCAGCUCUCCCUGGACAUGCUAAAGAGGCUUUCCACAGCCAACGAUGAGAUCGUGGAGGUGCUGCUGUCCAAGCACCAGGUGCUGGCUGCCUUGAGGUUCAUCAGGGGCAUCGGGGGCCACGACAGCAUCUCCGCCCGCAAGUUCCUGGACGCGGCCAAGCAGGCGGAGGACGAGAUGCUCUUCUACACCAUCUUCAGGUUCUUCGAGCAGCGCAACCAGCGCCUGCGGGGGAGCCCCAGCUUCACCCCGGGUGAGCACUGUGAGGAACAUGUCACUUUCUUCAAGCAAGUCUUUGGGGAACAGGCUCUCAUGAAGCCCACCACACUCUGAGACACUGCCACUGAAAUGUACAAACUUAAUUUAUUGCCUUUGAGUAGGUUUUGUUUCCUUUCUUUUGAACUAGAAAAUGGCUCUUUUAUAAUAAAGUAUAUACAAGACA